GUGAGACUAAAGCGACAGGAUCAACAGCAGCAGCUCCGGAGUCGGCCACUCUAACGCUUAAGAUGGGGGGCUUUUUUUCCAGCAUCUUUUCCAGCUUGUUUGGAACACGAGAAAUGAGAAUUUUGAUUCUUGGUCUGGACGGAGCAGGAAAGACAACAAUCCUUUACCGGUUACAAGUAGGAGAAGUCGUUACUACUAUACCAACUAUUGGUUUUAAUGUUGAAACCGUAACUUACAAGAAUCUCAAAUUCCAAGUUUGGGACUUAGGAGGACAAACAAGUAUCAGGCCUUAUUGGAGAUGCUACUAUUCCAAUACCGAUGCUGUGAUCUAUGUAGUAGACAGCUGUGACAGAGACAGGAUCGGAAUUUCCAAAUCGGAGCUAGUGGCCAUGUUAGAGGAGGAAGAGUUGAAGAAAGCAAUUUUAGUAGUGUUUGCAAACAAACAAGACAUGGAACAAGCCAUGACCCCUACAGAAAUUGCAAAUUCACUUGGCUUGCCAGUUUUGAAGGAUCGCAAGUGGCAGAUUUUCAAAACAUCUGCUACCAAAGGCACUGGACUUGAUGAAGCUAUGGAAUGGUUGGUGGAAUCCCUGAAGAGUAGGCAGUAGUUCACACUGUGACCUUGCUCUCCAUCACUCCAGAAGAAGACUGUCGCUGGAUGUACAUAGAAUAUAAAUAAACACCAAAAAGAAACUGCUCAUUGGUGAAAAUAGUUAUUGGAAAAGGAUAUUGACUCUAAAUGCACAUGUCUGUAACAGCAAUGUACCAUACCCAGUUGUUUGUGCUUGCUCUGUGUAGGGUAGUUUAACUUUAUUUAUAUGACAUUUUUUGUAAUGAAUAUAAAAAUUCGGAGAAUGCGCAGUUAGGUGUUAGAUCAUCGAACUUUCCCUUUUAGCUGAAAGUGUUUAUUUUUAAUUGUAACUAAUAAAGACCUUUUCAGCUAAGUGGGUUUUUUUUAUAUAUAUUUUUUUGUGGGACAGAGGACCUAUGAUUGAUUGAUUCAGCUCCAUGCGAGCAGCCGUAUAGAAAGCAUAAAUACGUUUCGGUAAAGGAAUUAAUAUAAACCCUCUUUCAUGAAAAAAACUCAUUAAGCAUUUGUGACUGCUUCUAUAGAAUUUUCUCUCAUCUUAUGGGUGUGUGCACAAUAGUGAGAAGGAGCUCAGGGGCCCAAGUGCAGUAUUGGGGCACAUUUCUAAUUUUUGUGUCUGUGUGGUGUCACCCAGCUGUAUAGAAGCUAGUUAUACAAAUGCCUGUUUCUGCAAAUAAAUCUUGAUAGUAUGUGACCAAAAGAAAAGAUUUCUGGGUCUUUAACCACUGCAAACUUUUCUUUAAAAUUGCUGUGAGAAGCCUGAAAAUAUCUGUAAUAAAAUAUAAAAAAACAUUA